GGAGUAACAGGAGACAUAUGCUGCCUGUCUGUGUCAUUUACCUGCAGCUACCAUGAGCUGGAGCUUCCUAACUCGCCUGCUUGAAGAAAUCAACAAUCAUUCCACAUUUGUGGGCAAGAUCUGGCUCACCGUCCUCAUUGUUUUCCGGAUAGUCCUGACAGCCCUGGGAGGCGAGUCCAUCUACAACGAUGAGCAGAGUAAGUUUGCCUGCAACUCCCGCCAGCCUGGCUGUGAGAACGUCUGCUAUGACGCCUUCGCUCCACUCUCCCACGUCCGCUUCUGGGUCUUCCAAAUUAUUCUGGUGGCAACGCCUUCGAUUAUGUAUCUGGGUUACGCUGUUAACAAAAUUGCUCGGGCAAAGGAGCAGGGAGACAGCGGUGGAGGAAGCAGCUUAUCACAAAGGAAACCCAAGAAGCCCUAUCUUGUAGGCAGAAAGCAGCAUAGGGGCAUUGAAGAGGCUGAAGAUGAUAAUGAGGAAGACCCCAUGAUCUACGAAGAGACAGGGGCGGAGAGUGAUAGUGGUGGAACAGCAAAGGAAGACAAUAAUGGGAAGCAAGUAAAAAAGGUUCGCCAUGAUGGACGUCAGCGAAUCAAAGAGGAUGGAUUGAUGCACAUUUAUGUCCUGCAACUGUUGGUCCGCUCCGUGCUGGAAGUGGCCUUCUUGUGUGGACAGUAUGCCCUGUAUGGAUUUGCUGUUCCUGACAACUACGUUUGCUCAACUCUGCCAUGCCCGCAUACUGUGGACUGCUUUGUGUCAAGGCCAACUGAGAAGACAAUCUUUCUCCGCAUGAUGUAUGCUGUCUCCCUUCUCUGUCUGGUACUCAAUAUAUGGGAGUUGCUUCACCUGGGCAUUGGCAACAUCUGUGACCUGGCAAGAGGAAAUGGAGUUCCUAACGAGGCGAGGUUGAGUGGAGAAGGAAUCCAUUACCAACCUCUGCCCAUCACCGAUCUCACUAAUACUGAGAUCACGUGUCGACAGAACCACGUGAACACUGCCUACGAGGAGCGGUGGCAGCAUACUAAAAAUGAUGAAAACAUGUGCAGAGCUGGAAACGCAGAUGCCCCCAGAAGUGCUCAUAAGGACAUCAUUGGUCAGUCUCAGAACAAGCUGAAGGCAGAUAAUCAGGCCUACAGUCAGCAGCAGAGCAACAAUAACAACCACAGCAAGCCUAACCGUGAACAUAAACACCAACAGACCUCCAGACACACCUCCAGCAAGGCAGACGCGGACAGAGGCAGCAGCAGCACCAGUAGUAGCAGCAAAUAUGGAAUAAUAAAGAGUUCUGGAUGGAUCUGAAAGACCUCUUUAAACAAAGACUAUGCAGACACAACAUUUACAGCUGUGUUUAUACUAUACAGGUAAACAACGGGGCAACCAAUUUACAAUAUUACCAGUAACUACCAAUGAAAAACAAAAAUGUCUUUGUCAGGAAUCACCUCACAAAUCUGAUGGUGCUGUCUAAUGAAGCGUUUUACAGUUUAUGACACCUUUGCAAACUUGCCUGUUCAUACAGGUGACAAACUGCACAUUUAAUGCAGAUAUGCAGCUAUUGGCUUUAAAGCUAAACUAAAUGAUAUUUUACACAAGUUUACAAAGUGUCUGUCUUUGUUAGUGUCUUUAUUGGUUUGAAAAUAUGUUUAUUCAAGUCAAAAGGUGGCCCGUAACAAGCCUUUCCAUUUCAGGAAUUAUCCCAGGAGCAAUUACAAUAAAUAUGAGCUCGUGCUUUAGUUUUACUGCACAUCUUUUUGGCAUUCUGCAAAGAGCAGCGAUAAAAAAUAAUAGUUAGACUCUGCUACUAAUGUAUAAACAAGAACUUCCAAAUAAA